AUGUUGACGAUAGGGCUGGAUACGAGGUUAAAGGAUCAAGCAGCUUUUGGAUGGAAACGGAGGCUACGGAACAGCUGGGCGUUUCUCUGUGGAGGCAGUCUCAUAAGCCCGAACUUCAUCCUGACAGCUGCUCAUUGUGGCUCACAAUCUAGCGCAGUAGUAGUGAAUAAAUACUUGAGGAAAGCACAACCAGACAUCGUCCGAUUGGGAUCUAGGUAUAUCAAGAGACGCUAUAAUCCAAAAACUGAUGUAACAAUCAAACAGUUCAUACAACAUCCAUAUUGGGAUCCGCCCAAACAUUAUUACGACAUAGCGCUGGUGGAGUUGGCCAAACCAGUGUCGUUUUCAAAAACUGUCCAACCAGCAUGUCUGCCAGGAUCAUUUUCAUCGAAAUAUGAUGCUUAUAUUACUGGUUGGGGAGUUACUGAUGAAACAGCUAAAACCCUAUCAUCAAUACUUCGAGCAGCAGAAGUCGACAUUAUAGAUUCAAGUGAAUGCAACGCACUGCUUAAUCCAUUUUCAAAUAGAAAUUGGUGGGGUCUUAUGGACCACCAGUUAUGCGCAGGGAAACUUGAAGGUGGUGUUGAUACUUGCCAAGGAGACUCUGGUGGACCUUUACAAGUAAAGCUUCAAGAGACGAAGUAUGAAGGAAAUAUGCACAUGGUGAUUGGGGUGACAUCAUUUGGGUUUAAAUGCGGAGUCAAAGAUCAGCCCGGCAUAUACACUAGGGUUUCUAGUUUUGUGGAGUGGAUAGAAAGUAUAGUAUGGCCACAAUAA